AUGGGUAGGAAAGGUCGUUACACGAAAAAACCCAAAUUAAGACUAGGAUGUCAGCAACUUCAAACGGCUCCACCUCCGGCUUCGGCUUCCCACCGUGAUGACUCUCAAAUUCUCCCGGACAGUGGUGAUAGUGUCCCUACAACUUCACAUUCUCUUGAUCAAGAAGCUGGUGACCCCUUUGUUGAUACUAGUGCUCAGAGUCGCAAAGGACACAAGACUAUAGAGUUUUGGGAAAUUAAGAUAAUCGAUUCUGACGGCACAAUCAAGCCGACAAAACUAAGCGUAAGGGUGGCUAUGGAACGGCUUAACGAUAGAAAAAUCGUGCUCAAGUUCAACAAUGCAAAUCAAGCAAUUGGAGAUGAAGCUGGACUGUUGAGUGCGUGCUUGCAAAUUUUUUACUUUGAUGAAGUUAGUGAAAGAACUAUCAAGAAAAAUAUUUUGAAAAGUACAGAGAAGGCUUGGAAGGAAACAAGGCUGAGGUUGUAUAAUGAUUAUUACGAGCCAACAUUCACAAAUGAACAAAACAUUGAGCGUUGUCCACCGGGAAAUGAUCGAGAGCACUGGAGAUGGUUCCUUGACUAUCGCGCCAAAGCUGAAAUAAAGGAGAAGUGCAAGAAAAACACGAUUAAUCAAUCAAAACAACUAUAUACCCACACUGGCGGUUCAAAAAGCUUUGCACGGCGGAUGGAAGAAGAGGUACUUUACCUUUUUAUUCACUCUUUAGAAUAUUUCUAUGACUUAAGUUUCCUUGAUUGUGUGGAAUACAAUGAUGGCAUAAACUUUGUUGAUACGGUCGAAACAACAAGGGAAAUGAGUCGGUAG